AAAAAAAUCAAAGACGAAGAAGGCAUUGUUGAUGUUUAAUCAAAAGCUUCGGCCUUUUCACCACGCACAAGAACCAAAUUGCCACAAUAAACAACAAAACCAUCUUGUCGCCUUCUCUUCUCAGUUUUCAGUGUUCACGGGUGCCUUCUCUUCUCCUCGCCUCUUCCUUUCUUUUUAGUAAUCGACUAUCCCACGCUGCAGCGCUAGCUGCGUUGCAAUUUUUGUUUCUUCCGCCGGCCGUUGCUUGGGCUGUGCCAUGGAAGGAAGCCGAGGGAGAUUGGGUAGAGACGGAAGAAGAAGCCAUUUUUACUCGUUUUUAGUCCUGUCGUGCCUCGUCGCUUGCAGUACUUGUGGAUUCGCCGAAGGGAGUGAGGCCGGGAGUAAUGUCACCGGCGGCGUUCGUAAUGCUGCGAAGGGGAAGGGCAAGAGGAGGGCGGCGCCGAUCCGCCACCAGCUCUCGCUCGACUUCUACGCCCAUAACUGCCCGCAGCUCGACCGGAUUGUCGCCUCCGUCACCGCCCAGCGCUUCCGCGAACGCCCAGCCACCGGCGCCGCCGUCAUCCGCCUCUUCUUCCACGACUGCUUCGUCGAAGUAACUCUCUCUACAAGCCGCCACGGAGGGGGGUGCGACGCGUCGGUGCUGAUCGCGCCGAGCGCCGGCGGCGGGAGAGCGAUGGCGGCCCCGGCGGUGGAGAGGGACGUGGAGGAGAACAGGAGCCUGCCGGAGGAGGCGUUCGAGACGAUCGAGAUGGCGAAGGCUGCGGUGGAGAGGCAGUGCCCCGGCGUCGUCACCUGCGCUGACAUCCUCGCCGUCGCCGCUAGGGACUUCGUUCACUUGGUACAUUUUUUACUUCUGCUAUUUUUAAAGUUUUUUUAA